AGCUGACUUCGCUUGGAUGCCGCUCUCGAUCUCUGCGCGUCGGUCUCCCCUCUUUGGGAGGGGAGGAGAGUUCCUCUCCCUCUCCUUGGAAAACGCCCCCUCCAGGAUGCUCCAGUAGGAGCUGGUGGGAGGGAGGGAAUUCUGACUGCACCGAAAUUGUCAUGAAAAAAAAAAAAAAAAAGGCAACUGACAGAAGAGUGAGAACUUGUCCUCAGAUUCCUGCUUUUGCAGCAGCGUAAACUAAGUCUCUGCAAGUGCUGCGGGAGCUGGCAGGAGGCAGAAAUGAAGUUCAGAGGCGCGUCCCUGUGCUCUCACCACUAUUAUAUCUUGAGAAGGAGCAGAAAGGAACUACCUGACAACGGAGCGGGGACUAACGGCAUUCGGCUGACCAUGGAGAGUGCUCUGACAGCCCGCGACCGUGUCGGGGUGCAGGAUUUCGUCCUGCUUGAGAACUUCACCAGCGAAGCAGCCUUCAUUGAAAAUCUGCGUAAGCGCUUCAAGGAGAACCUAAUCUAUACAUACAUUGGCUCCGUUCUGGUGUCUGUUAAUCCAUACAAGGAACUGGAAAUCUACAGUAAACAGAACAUGGAGCGAUACCGUGGUGUCAGCUUCUAUGAAGUUUCUCCUCACCUCUACGCGAUUGCAGACAAUUCGUAUCGCUCCCUGCGCACGGAGAGGAAGGAUCAGUGUAUUCUGAUCUCUGGGGAGAGCGGGGCUGGCAAAACGGAGGCUACCAAGAAGAUCCUGCAGUACUACGCCGUGACCUGCCCAGCUAGUCAGCAGGUCGAAACCGUGAAGGACCGCCUGUUACAAUCCAAUCCCGUCCUGGAGGCCUUUGGAAAUGCAAAAACCCUUCGUAAUGACAACUCCAGCCGAUUUGGGAAAUACAUGGAUGUGCAGUUUGAUUACAGGGGGGCUCCUGUCGGGGGCCAUAUCUUGAACUACCUCCUGGAGAAAUCCCGAGUUGUACACCAGAAUCAUGGAGAGAGGAACUUCCACAUUUUCUACCAGCUGCUAGAAGGAGGGGAAGAGGACUUGCUGCGAAGGCUGGGCCUCGAGAAGAGCCCCCAACAGUAUCACUAUUUAGUAAAGGGUCACUGCGCAAGGGUCAGUUCCAUAAAUGACAAAAAUGAUUGGAAGAUUGUGCGAAGAGCCCUGUCCAUUAUAAGCUUCAAUGACAACGAGGUGGAGGAUUUGCUGAGCAUUGUGGCUAGUGUUCUGCAUCUGGGGAAUGUGCAGUUUGCUGCUGAUGAGCAAGGAAAUGCUCAGGUCACUACAGAGAAUCAGAUUAAAUAUCUGGCUAGGCUUCUAGCAGUCGAAGGCUCUGUUCUUCGAGAUGCAUUGAUCCACAAGAAGAUCAUAGCAAAGGGGGAAGAGCUCAUCAGCCCUCUGAACCUGGAGCAGGCGGCCUACGCAAGGGAUGCGCUUGCUAAGGCAAUAUACGGACGCACUUUCUCCUGGCUGGUGAACAAGGUUAACAAGUCUCUUGCUUACAAGGAAGGAGAGUUUCCAGGCUGGAGAAGUACAACGGUUUUAGGAUUGCUCGAUAUCUAUGGAUUUGAGGUUUUCCAGCACAACAGCUUUGAGCAAUUUUGUAUUAAUUAUUGUAAUGAAAAAUUGCAGCAGCUCUUCAUAGAGCUCACAUUAAAGUCGGAACAAGAGGAAUACGAGUCAGAAGGCAUAGCGUGGGAACCAGUUCAGUAUUUCAAUAACAAAAUAAUUUGUGAUUUGGUGGAAGAGAAAUUCAAAGGCAUCAUUUCUAUUUUGGAUGAAGAAUGUCUGAGACCUGGGGAUGCCACAGAUACAACGUUCUUGGAGAAACUUGAGGAAACUGUGAAGAACCACCCUCAUUUUCUCACGCACAAACUUGCUGACCAAAAGACUCGCAAGUCACUAGGGCGGGAGGAGUUUCGGCUUUUGCACUAUGCUGGAGAGGUCACCUACAGCGUUGCAGGUUUUCUAGAUAAAAACAAUGACCUUCUCUUUCGGAACUUGAAGGAGACCAUGUGCAACUCUGAGAAUCCCAUCAUAAAUCAGUGUUUUGACAGGACAGAGCUGACAGACAAAAAGAGACCUGAAACGGCAGCAACUCAGUUUAAAAACAGCCUCUCCAAACUCAUGGAAAUCCUGAUGUCCAAAGAACCAUCCUACAUUCGCUGCAUUAAACCUAACGAUGCUAAACAGGCUGAUCGGUUCGAUGAAGUUCUAAUCCGACAUCAAGUGAAAUACCUGGGAUUGAUGGAGAACCUCAGAGUGCGCAGAGCUGGCUUUGCAUAUCGAAGAAAAUAUGAAGUUUUCCUGCAAAGAUACAAAUCACUUUGUCCAGAAACAUGGCCUACGUGGGAUGGGCGGCCCCACGAUGGGGUGGCUGUGCUGGUGAAGCAUCUUGGCUACAAACAGGAAGAAUACAAAAUGGGACGAACAAAGAUUUUUAUCCGCUUUCCCAAGACCUUGUUUGCAACAGAGGAUGCUCUGGAAGUGAGGAAGCAGAGUCUGGCAACAAAAAUGCAGGCCACGUGGAGAGGUUUCUACCGUCGAAAGAAAUUCCUGCACAUGAAACACUCAGCAAUAGCCAUCCAGUCCUGGUGGCGGGGAACUUUGGGACGCCGAAAAGCUGCCAAGAAGAAGUGGGCAGUGGAGACUAUCAGAAGAUUCAUUAAAGGUUUUAUUUACCGGAACCACCCUCGCUGCCCAGAGAAUGAGUAUUUCCUUGAUUACAUCCGUUUCUCCUUCCUGAUGAACCUCAAGCGUAAUCUACCAAAAAAUGUUUUGGACAAAUCCUGGCCAACUCCUCCUCCGUCGCUCUGCGAGGCGUCCCAGCUCCUGCGCCAGCUGUGUAUGCAGAACAUGGUCUGGACCUACUGCAAGAGAAUCAGCCCGGAGUGGAAGCAGCAGUUGGAACAAAAAGUAAUUGCCAGUGAGAUUUUUAAGGGUAAAAAAGACAAUUACCCUCAGAGUGUUCCCAGGCUCUUCAUCAACACUCGACUCGGCAAUGAAGAGAUAAAUGCUAAAGUCCUUCAGGCUUUAGAAAAUGAAGCCAUUAAGUAUGCAGUUCCUGUGAUCAAGUACGACCGGAAAGGAUACAAAGCGAGAGCACGGCAGCUGCUCCUCACCCAAAACGCAGUCGUCAUAGUUGAAGAAUCCAAAAUCAAACAACGGAUCGACUAUGGCAAUCUGACAGGCAUCUCCGUCAGCAGCCUGAGCGAUAACUUGUUUGUGCUGCACGUGCACUGCGAGGAUAACAAACAGAAGGGAGAUGUUGUACUUCAAAGUGACCACGUGAUCGAGACGCUAACGAAAACAGCCAUGCAGGCGGACAAGGUCAACAACAUCAACAUCAACCAGGGCAGCAUAAAAUUUACAGUCGGGCAAGGCAAAGAAGGCAUCAUUGACUUUAUAUCGGGAUCAGAACUGCUUAUAGCCAAAGCCAAGAACGGCCAUCUAACAGUGGUCGCUCCUCGCCUGAAUUCUCGAUGAUAAAACGUACCACGACAGGACCUUUUCCUCCAUCCGUCUGACUGUGCCCUAUAGAAUCGGCUGGACGUUGUUCCCAGCAGCAUCCCCGCUCCUUCCUCGCUUUGCUCAUGUUGUUUAUUGUUACCAAAGACCUGCACUUUCCGAAAAACCACAAAAUACAUCUUGCUUUCUUGUCUUAAUACGAGAGUUGCAAAAGAAAGGCCUUCUCUUCCUUACCUUAGUGGCAAACGCAUGGGUCCAACGCGACGUCUGUGAAACCGUGGCUCAUGAAACGCAUUCGGCCGGGCUUUGAGGGAGAGGUAGCUCUGACUGACAAGAGUUUAAGCCCUGAUGAAAACGGCCAGAACUUGUGCUUGUCACCAUCAAAAAGCACAACCAGAAAACAAAUAAUCCUGCGGCUUUGUCAGCCAAAUUAAUGAAAUGCCAAACUUUAUAUUCAGAAAGAAUGUUUUAUGAAGAAUUUUGCUCCAAGACGUUUUGAUGCUUUGUGUUACGAUAUAUUAAAGCCAUAUUGUGUAAGAGUAAAACCCUGUAAAUACUUUAUAGCAGAGUAUGAGAGAUGCACUACAAGAAAUGGAGUUGAUGUGGAAACUUUUAUGUUUUAGAUUUGGAAUUUUUGUUGCUUUUAGUUUAUGAUGAUAAGGUGUUAACCUGAGAAACCCAUCAUGUAACUUCUUCGCUGAUCUGGAUGCAGAGACUCUUACCUUUAUUUUGAAGUCACCUGUCCCAUUUCUUGCUCUAUAGUGAUAUUUUUAUACUGUAGGAAUUUUUUUUGUAUCCACACAUCCAAGCAAGAAGUAAUACAAACUGCAGAGGUUACCACUUCUCUGUGCUGCUCUAGGCUGGUAAGGAAAGCUGUGGUCCUUGGCCACAGGGUGUGCACGCACGCCCUCCCUCCCACCCUGUCACCUGCCUGGGAGUCCCUGCUGCCCCUCCCCCCAGCUCAGCAGGCUCAGAGCAGCAUCUUCAGCACUGCUUUAUCCUCUUGGUUUUAGCAUAACUGGAAGUUUGAGUUCCCACAACAAAGCUCCCCGAUGUUUAGACACACGCCUUUCAGUACUGCCUUAAAGAGGACCGGCUGGCCGGCUCAGCACCGCUGCCGUCGCUGCCCAGCCGGCUGGCAACUCCUUGGCAUGGAAGCACCUUGCCGAGCGAGCUGCGUCGCUGCCAGCGUAACCCACAGCUAGAAGGAAUACAGGUUUUAAUACAGGUUUUUACACUAACCGGCCUCAGACUGCAUCGCAGAGGUUAAGACCGGGUACCUUCAUGUAACACAGAACCCCAGCAGCUACAGGGCAGACGGCUGUCAGGCACCUGCUGGCCGCACACCACAUUCCUCCGCCUCACCCCGUGCAUUCCGCACUCGCCUUACCGGUCCUGCCUGUUCCACCUCUAUCCCGAUGCAGCAGCAGCAGCAAGUUACAGUAAGCCCCGAAUAAAGCGUCACCAACCACGGUGCCACUCCCGUACAAUCGGCUCGGUCUCCGACGUUCUGGUUUCUGACAAGACGCAGUUACCAAACUGCCCCAGGCCUGGAAUGCUGUAUACACUGUAGUACAUAUACACCACACUGCUGUAUAUGCUAGAGUGUAUAUACACUAUACAAUGCUGUAUCCGCUACCAUACAACCUCUUCAAGACUAUGCUAAAUAAAUUUUUACAAAAAAACCCCCACCCCUACACCUUGUCUUUGUUUAGAAACCGUUUAUUCACUUUUUUUUUUUUUAUGAGAGGGAGGGUGGGGAUCCCCCUGCCCCCUUCUGUCACCCAGCUCUGCUGAAUCUCUUGGGUUCCCGGGCCCAUCUGUCUGCACAGAGGGUAGCCCUGCUACGAGGAACAGGUUAUUCCUAGAAAAGAGAUUUCUGGGAGAUCGGCUAAGCAGGGUGGACAUUAAAGAUAACGUGUUUCCCUUCUCUCCAUCCAUGUAACCGGACUGGCUGAGGAGCACUGUAAGGGCAAGCGAGAAGAACGCACCAAGGAAAUCACAAGUGCUCGUGCAUUCAGACAGGGCAGGAUGAGCAUGUGGCACGAAGCGCUGCUGGCUCCCCCCCCACCCCAGCGGGCUGUCCUCAGAGGGCUGGGCUCAUGGCCCUUCUACUUACUUACACACAGGGCUGGGAUCUUACUUUUAUCUCCUGUCUGCAGAACAAUGCUGUUACUCCUCUCUCUCCCCCUCCAAAUGAUCCAAUGACAAGCAACAGAGGAAAGUUACCCUUGCUGAAGUAACUAAAAUAUAAAAGAAAGUCAUAGUAAUAUUUGGCAUUUUUAAUUUAGGUUUGUUUUAUUUAAGUUUAAUGUUAAUUCCAUGCUGUGUUUCAGUAAGAACAAUACAGAUUCUGUAUCUGUGGCUCCAGUCAGAUAUCCAGUAGUACAAAUUAGCUUCAAGUUACACAUACUGAACAAAAGAGGUUGAGCGAGCGAAGGGAGAUGGGGAAAGGGGAGGGAGAAAGAAAAAAUAUUGAACACGCAUGCAGGCUUAUCAAUGCCACCUUCAAUGCUAACCUGCUUUGAGGAAAAGUAAAGAAUAGGCAAGAAUGAGCAGCCACGGAUUGUUGAACUGUUACCAGCACCAUGAUUUUCAGCAACAUUUCAGCAGUUUGGAAACUUUUUGUUUUUAUACAGUAAAACCACUACAAUAGAUGUCCCAAUGCAACCUGUAACUUCAAGCUAAACACCCAAUUAAGUUUAAACAUUGGUAUAAAAUUCAGUUUAAACAGUUAUAAAAAAAAAAAAGAAAAA